AAAAAUAAUAAUAAAAAUAAACAUCACAGUGCCAUCUGCUGGUUAGCAUCGGUAUAGCACGCAUGUUUCCCCAGUGACGGGAUGGCACUGCACUGCACUGGACCACCACACAGAACUCCAUCCUGACUCAGCGUUAUCGAGAUAAGCUAUUUAAUCAUGGAUCAUUUUCGCGGCUUGUUUGAUAAACUCGACAAGAAUGAAGACGGAUUUAUAUCAGUUGAAGAACUGCAUAGUGAAAUGCGAAGAAUAGGUGUGGUACCAGUUUGUGAAAAGGCGCAAGCCAUCCUGUCCAAAUAUGACCAAAAUGAGGAUGGACGUCUAAGCUAUGAGGAAUUCCUCAUUUACAUGACGGACAGAGAGAAGCAAUGGAAAAUAGAUUUCCAUGCCCUUGACAGAAAGAAGUGUGGAGCAAUUGACCUGGAGGAUAUCAUGACUCUGUUUAAAGAAUUAGGUGUGGUUUUAUCAAAACCCAACGCAAGGAGAAUCAUUCAAAUAAUGGAUAGAGACAAUUCUAUGACAGUAGACUGGGAGGAAUUCCUUCAACAUGUUAUCAUUAACCCAGCAGAUAACAUUGGAGAGCUGGUAUCUUCCUGGAAACAUAACCUGGUAUUUGAUGUAGGUGAGAGUCGCCCUGUGCCUAUUGAGCUAACCCAGGAGGAGACUGACCUAUCUGUCUGGGGGAAUUUUAUAUUGGCUGCAGGCUUGUCAGAUGCAGUAUCUAGAACUGUGACCGCACCAAUUGACCAGUUAAAGACCCGACUACAGGUUUUUGGAUCCAACGCUGUGUCUCUGGGAUUCCGAGAGCUGCAGACUGGAGGUUUUAGAUCCAUGUGGCAAGGAAAUGCUGUAAAUGUCCUUAAAGGAACACCGCAAUCAGUGCUUCAGUGCUUCAUCUAUGCACAGAUGAGGAUGUAUACUCUUGGCGAGCGGGACAGUCUGUCGGUGCAUCAAAGGUUUGGACUGGGCUGUGUUUCAGGGGCUGUAGCACAUGCUGUGUUCUACCCCUUAGAGGUGCUGAAAGUAAGACUUAAUCUCCAGCCUGCUGGCACCUACAUUGGAGUACUGGGAUGUGCCAAGUUGAUUUACCAUAAUGAGUCUGUGGCAGCUUUCUACAGAGGGUUCAAACCCAGCAUACUCUGUAUGAUACCCUAUGCUGGCGUGGAAUGUGCAGUGCAUCAGUCGAUUAUGAACUGGGCCAGACAGGACACAGCCCACAUCAGCGACCCCAAACUCUUCCUCUUCAGUUUUGCAGCGUUCGCAUCAGGACAGGCCACCAGUUACCCUCUCGCUGUCAUCAGAACACAGCAGCAAGCUCUAGCUAUCUGUUCAGCCUCACAGAAACCUGGACAUGCUCUUCAAGGUCUCAUUGGAAUCUAUGAGCAGUACGGACUCAGAGGUUUCUAUAAUGGAAUGGGUGCUAGCUUCGUGAGGGCAGUUCCUUGCGCUUUGCUGAAUUACAGCCUGACCUCAAAAUUUGAGACAUUGCUUUCUUCAUUGUCAUAAUAUAGAACAAGUGUUGAGGAAAGAUGCCAUGUAACUCUUUCUUGAUUUGUUAUUCUUUUACUCUAGUUUGUUUGUUUUAGUUAUGGAAGGUCACAUAUUUUUAAUGCACCAAUAUCACAAGGUGACAAAUAACCAAUUUGCUGUUGUACACUCUAUCGUUUUUACUUUGCACAUUGUUUGAUAUUGUUCUUUUAGGCAUUGUUAUUAAAGUGUGAUUGCAAUACUAAGCUAGUUGAAAACAAACACUGUAUAACACAGAGAGCAGGCAGCACAAGGUUUGCAGAACCCAAGCAAAUUUUAAACAGAAUAAAUGUUCAACAAAACAAUGAUCAUUCUUGAAGCAAUACUCUUAAUAGAUAGUAAGAUAAUGGUAAAUGUAGCCAAGUGCAAGAAAAAGAAUAAACAAACAAGGGAAAGCUAUGCUCAGUUCACAUUCAAAUCCUCAAAAACUAUUAGUUUUACACGCACUGAAUAUUUCAAUUAAAACUUGCUAUAUUUCAUGCUUAGGAUAAGCCUUAAAGGUGCACUCAGUAAUUUUUUCCUCAUUAAAAAAGUUUAACUCCUAAAGACAUGAAUUGUAAUUUUGCAAUAUAUGUAAAUCAUGAGCACUCCCAUAUUAAAAUGAAGACUCCAGUCAUAUCAGUAACCUUAUAAAAGCUGUUUUAUUCUACAUGGAGAGGGUCCAAACAUGGGGGCUGCCAUGUUAGAAUCACAUGACCAGCUGAAUACUACUCGCUUAAUCUCAGUAACCGUCCUUGGUAUUGGACACUUUCACUCACUGAUUAAAUUAAUCAUGUCUGACUGUGAAUAUUAAACGUCUACAAUGGUAUCUGAAACUGAAAUCUAUUGAUUUUAAAUUAUGCUGCAUCCAAGCCGCUAGGUGUCAGUGUAAGUCCAAGAUGACACAAAGACAAAAGUUACUGAGUGCACCUUUAAAAAGAAAAAUGAAAAUUCUGUCAUAAUUUACUCACCCUCAUGUUUUUCCAAUCCCCUAUAUCUUUCUUCCUUCAGAGGAACACCAAAUGAGAUACAGUAUAAGACAGAAUGUUAGCCUCAGUUACCAUUCUCUUUCAUUCAGGGCCGUAACCACAAUAUACUUUGAGGGGACAAGUCCCCCCAAUAAUCAUGUAUGGUCAGAUUGUCCCCCCCAAUAACUGAUAUCCUUGUUGCUGUUCUGCUGCAGUUCAUUAUGCACUGCUGUCUAAUUGUCAUUAAGUUGUUGCAGGAAUAACACAAUGGUUUAAAAAAAGUUACAUUUUUAGCAUGCUCAGUAGUCUUAACACCGCUCGUCAAUGUCAUAUGAGAUAGCCAAUCAAAUCGAUGAAGGCGGGACUCAAAUUUAAGAAGCAGAGCGGGAAACUUGCGUAUUAUUCCAGCGCCACGCAGCAUGCACGCAUCAGUGUCAACAGUUCAGGUUAAGAGUGUCAGUGUCAUGUAAGAUUUCAGUAUAUAACUAAACAUGCAAUAUUUGCCCACUAUUUUAUGACUGAAAUAUUGUGCAGACCAACAGUAAUUUCCAGUGGUGCAAACAUUCACCAUUUGGUGAAAUUUGACGUUUUGAAUUUAAAAUAUAUGUCACGUACAGUACGUGAUUCGUAUGUCAUUCAUUAUUUUGAAUGUGAAAACAUUAACGGAGCAGUUUUCAUCAUAACAGGCUUAAGACAAAGAGUAAAUGUGUGUAUAUUGUAAAGGGAUUGAAUGAAUGUGGUUAUCUGGUAAGUUUCUGAAGUACCUUUUUAGAAAAAACACUUGAUAUUGUCUUGAAAAUGAUCUAUAACACAAAGUAGAGUGUUAUCACCCAGAUCAGAACUAGAACAUGGUAAGACAUGUGACUUCUAUUGUGCUUUUAGGUUUUGUCAGGGACAGUGCCAUAUAUUUUAAUGCAAAUAUUAUUAGGUAAUAAUUCAAAAUAAA